CAUCAGAGUGGGAACACUAUUUUUUUUAGCUGUCGCUUUCGGUGAUUCCUUGGAUGUGUGCCUGCAGGAUCUUGGCUGCCUGCGAGGCAUCCUUAUGCCAGGAUAUCAAAGUGAAGAGUUUGAAGCCUUUAUGGGCAUACCAUUUGCCCAGCCGCCAGUUGGACCGCUUCGUCUUAAGAAUCCUGUGCCAGCUAAUAGCUGGGAGGGAGUACUUGAUGCUGGAGCGGCAAAGGACAGCUGCUUGCAAAGAAACUACUUUACAAAGGACUGGGAUUUUAUGGGUGUGGAGGAUUGUCUCUACCUGAAUGUCUACAGACCCAAGCAAAAAGACGAAAAUCUCUUGCCUGUGAUGUUUUAUAUACACUCGGGCGGUUUCUUUAGUGGCUCCGCCCAUCCGGUGGCUAGUGGUCCGGAGUUUUUGAUGGAUACCGGCAAGGUAGUCAUGGUGACAGUUAGCUAUCGACUUGGACCACUUGGCUUCCUUAGCACAGGCGAUGAGAACAUGCCAGGAAAUUUCGGAUUCAAAGACCAGCGGUUAGCUAUGCAGUGGGUUCAAAAGCAUAUAGCUAAGUUUGGAGGAGAUCCUCAGAUGGUCACGAUCCUCGGACACAGUGCAGGAGGCAUAUCCGCUCACAUGCACAUGCUGAGUCCUAAUUCCAAGGGACUAUUCCAAAGAGCCAUGUCUUUGACUGGUACCAUGUUUGUUCCAGCCAUGUCUAUCUUAAAAGAUCCCUUAAGCCAGGCAAGGCAUCUGGCCAAAGAGGUAGGUAUCGAUCAAGCAGAGACUCUAAGCAGUCAGGAUCUCGCCGAAGCCAUUCGGAAUGCAUGUCCGAAGAAGCUUCUCCUUAGUGUGGACAGCUUAAAAGCUUGGGAUAAUAUGCCGUUAAUCAGUACUUUGCCUGUAUUGGAAUCGCCAUCUCCUGAUGCCUUCAUGGUCGAAGAUCCGCUAAAAGCCCAUUUGGCUGGUCGUAUCAACCAGGUGCCUUGGGUAGUUGGCAUAAAUUCUCGAGCUGGAGAGGGAGCCCUGAGCUUACUGCGACCCUUCUCAAAUCCACAGCGUAUGGCGGACUUUAAUAAAAAGUUCCUAGAACAUAUGUCUUUGAUGCUUAAUCUUCCCGAGGGAACUUCUCCACAAAUGGUUAAAGAAAUAUUGGAUGCAUAUGAGUUCCAGGGAGAGAGCCUUAACAAUGAUACCAUAUUGACUUUGGCUGAAAUUUGUGGUGAUUUUAACUUUUAUUUUCCCAUUUAUGAAACCAUUUCAUCCUAUGCAAAUUAUGCCAAUCUUGAAGAGAAUCCUCUAUUCAUCUAUAUCUUUGAGUUUUCUGGCAUGCACUCGAUGUCAUUAGUUUUCAGUGGUUCGACAGAGGAUUUCGGUGUGGGAGCGGCUCAUAUGGAUGAUGGAAUACAUACUAUAAGAUUGCCGGUUCUCUUCGGUGAUUAUCCCAAGGAUUCCGAAGAUGCCAAGGUUGUUCAAAGGAUGACUUCUCUGGUAACGGACUUUGUUAAAACGGGGAUAUUCAAUGAAGGAUCUACUUGUAAAGCUGCCGAUUUCAAAGACCUUGGAAUGUGCAGCUACUUACAUUUUGGUGGCACCACUGACAAAUACCAGGAAAAAGUUCAGCGAAGUUUGAAACUUACAGCCUUUCCCAUAUGGAAGAAGUUGUUUAUUUGGAGCACGAUAAGUGAGAGUGAAAAUCGUGACGUUUUAUGGGAGGAUGAAAACGAAAGUAAGGGGAGCAAAGAUCCCAGGUUUGAAGUGGCGUGGAAUACAAGUCAGUCGGGACAGCGCAAAGUUUUCUUCACGAUUAAAGUAAACGCGCCCUCUCGAAACUCGUCAGAUCGAUUUGGGCCUCUGUCGCGGAAGGUUCUACGCGAGACAGUUUUCUACCUACCUCCAGUAACUGCACUCUGUUUUCAGUCACUUUGUGGACCGCCAGCGAUGAUUCAACUACGGACGCUACUGCUGCUGCUGCUGCUGCCUUUUGGCCAGCUCUUUGCUGGCCCUAAACCCUUAAACGCGGCCUUGGCCACUGGGCUGCCAUCGAUGGACCAGCUUACCGUCUGCCCGCCCAGCGUGGGUUGCCUGAAGGGCACCUAUCGCCAGGGCUAUCAGUCUGAGAGGUUCGAAGCCUUCAUGGGCAUACCCUACGCCCUGCCGCCUGUCGGAGAUCUUAGAUUCAAAAAUCCAAAGGUUAUGCCCAAGUUGCUCGGGGUGUACGAUGCCAGUCAGCCUAAGAUGGACUGCAUUCAGAAAAACUAUCUGUUACCUUCCCCCAUAAUCUACGGCGUGGAAGAUUGCCUCUACUUAAAUGUCUACAGGCCAGAGGUAAGAAAAUCCAUACUACCCGUAAUGGUCUACAUCCAUGGGGGUGGAUUCUUUGGAGGAUCUGCUGGACCAGGACUGACAGGACCUGAGUACUUUAUGGACACGGGCGAAGUAAUCCUGGUGACAAUGGCAUAUCGGCUAGGGCCCUUUGGAUUCCUAUCCACCCAAGAUGCUCUGAUGCCGGGAAAUUUUGGGCUGAAGGAUCAAAAUUUGGCUCUGCGUUGGGUGCAGCGCAACAUUGGUUAUUUUGGUGGUGAUCCCCAGAGUGUGACUAUUUUUGGCCAGAGUGCCGGAGGUGUGGCUGCCCACAUGCACCUUCUAAGUCCCAGAUCCCAAGGACUCUUUCAUCGAGUGAUUAGCAUGAGCGGCACGGCCAAUGUGCCAUUCGCCAUUGCAGAGGAACCACUGGAGCAAGCACGUCUCCUGGCUGAGUUUGCACAGAUUCCAGAUGCCCAAACCUUGAGUACAGUAAAAUUAGCAAAAGCCCUGCGCAGGGUAGACGCUAUCAAACUCUUGAAUGCCGGCGAUGGUCUCAAAUUCUGGGAUGUGGAUCACAUGACAAAUUUCCGACCUGUGAUUGAAAAGGGACUUGAGGGCAAAGCUUUUUUGAGCAAGCAUCCCAAGGAUAUUCUGGCCGAUGGAGAACGAGCAUCUAUUCCCCUGCUUUUGGGCACAGUUCCAGGUGAGGGAGCUGUGAGGGUAGUCAACAUCCUGGGCAACGAGACGCUGCGCCAAAGCUUCAAUUCCCGUUUCGACGAACUGUUGCAGGAGCUAAUGGAGUUUCCACCCAGCUUUAGUCAGGAGAGGCUUAAAAAGAGCAUGGAAUUCUUGGUAGGAGAAUACUUCCACGGUCAGCAUGAAGUCAAUGAAGAAACUGUACAAGGAUUUAUGGAUUUAAUUUCAGAUAGGGGUUUCAAGCAACCCCUAUACCAUACAAUUCGGAAGGAUGUUUGCCACACCCCGAAUCCUGUUUACUUAUACAGUUUUAACUAUCGGGGACCCCUGAGCUAUGCUUCUGUGUAUACUUCCGCCGAUGUUAUUGGCAAAUACGGAGUGGUUCACUGUGAUGAUCUUCUCUAUCUGUUCCGUAGUCCACUGAUUUUUCCUGAUUUUGAGCGAAACUCCACGGAAGCGAAGGUAAUCAAGUCCUUUGUAGAUUACUUCGUGCAUUUUGCAAAAUAUGGAAAACCGAGGAAUGCCGAGUCACUGAACCCCUGUUCCAUUGAGGUGCUCCAGUCACGUCCCAACGGUAUAUGCGAUUACCAGGAAUUUGCAAAUGCGCCAGAUCCCUCUAAGGGUUUCGAAAUAGGCGUGGCCAGCAAGUUCCAAACAAGCAGAGUAAAAAUCUGGUCGCUUAUACUCAAUGAAAACUCGAAUGAGUCCUAGCUCUAAUUCAUAAAUAAAGUAAUAUAAAAAUGUUUGGUACUGAAAAUGCAUAGAAUAUAAGAUGACACCAUUCUGUUAUAAGGAAGUUUUUAUUUAUUCUAGUAUAAUUUGGGAAAAAGUUUAAAAGAAUUCUCGCAGAUUGUAUUCUAAUUAUGUUUGAUUUUCCCAAUUAUAUAUCAAAAUGAUAAAGAAAUUUACAUAAACUUACUUAAAA